AUGCAUUAGUCUAAUGAGAUGUUUGCAGCUGGAGAGCUGAGCUGCAGGAGACGUACAGUGUCGCCACUAAGAGACAGGGAGAAGAUGGCUUGCGCGAUAGUCCAUGUGCGUGUCCUGAAAGUCCUCUGUCCUCUGGGUCAACACUCUGGGUCCCGAUAAAGAAACUGAUCAGAGUUCUAAAAUAAAGUAAUAGAAUGUUAAAUCUGGAAAGAACCUUAGAGGUCAUCUAGUUCAAUAUUUACAUUUUAUAGACAAAGAAAGUGGAGCUCAGCACGUGAACACUGUGAGUGUUGCCCUGACUCAGAUUAUGAAAUUGAAAUGAUUUGCCCAGGGUCACACAACUAGAAAGGGUAGAAGGCAGGAUUCGAGCCCAAGUCUUAUUGACACCAAGGCCAGCAGUGCUCUAUUCCUUAUACCAGAUUGCUUCUCUAAAGCAACAACUCUGCAUUUAAUAACCUGUCAUCACUGCUUACAAGACUGGUAAUGGCUGAAAUGCAGUCUCCAAGGAUAGUAGGGAGAAAACGAGGCAGACCUCCACUUCACUCGGCACCAAUGAAAAUGGCGGUCCCCAACCUUUACUCUUCUUCUGCCUGUUCGUUACCAGUUGUGAAGAUCCCAAAGAAGAGAGGCCGGAAACCGGGGCACAAGCUGAAGUCUCGUGUUCUAAUGACUCCUUUAGCAAUCUCUCCUCCGAGGAGCACACCGGAGCCAGAUGUCAGCUCCAUCCCCCAGGAUGCAGCCACCAUACCCAGCUCUGCAGCAGCAGCGCAGGCGCUCACAGUUUGCAUUUAUGUCAACAAACAAGCCAACUUGGGGCCAUACCUGGAGAGGAAGAAGGUACAGCAGCUCCCGGAGCACUUUGGGCCUGAGAGGCCCUCAGCAGUCUUGCAGCAGGCGGUUCAGGCAUGCAUUGAUUGUGCACACCAGCAAAAGACAGUCUUCUCCCUGGUCAAGCAGGGAUAUGGUGGUGAGAUGGUGUCUGUCUCAGCUUCUUUUGAUGGGAAACAGCAUCUCCUGAGCCUGCCGGUGGUGAGCAGCCUUGGCUGUGUCUUAAGCUUCCUGAGGAAGCUGUGUCAGAGCCUGCUGUGUGACAACCUCUUCAGCAGCCAGCCUCUCCCACAGUCCCCUGGGGCUCCUGAGAACGGCCCAGAUUAUGAGGACAGGAGGAUGGAGUCAGCCAAAACUGUCAUCUUGGAAGAUUACCUGGCGGACCCUGUGGGUAUGAGGCGCUACAAUGUGGACCCCUCCAACUCGGCCUUCAACUGCACAGGUUCUUCCUCUUCCUCCUCCUUGUGCUCUGGGAGGCUGAGCUCUGGAGAAGGAGGCCUUGGGAGAGGCCUCACUACCUCUUCCUGCAGUCAUCGCUCUGGCCCUGUGUCCUCCUGUGGCCCUUCAACUGUUGGUCUGAGGCACCAGACGUCCAGCCUCCUGAGGAAUGGCACUUAUUCGGAAGGAAACAAAAGUGCCUCAAGUCCUUCUCCAGAUGGACAAGAUGCAGCCCGACCUACCAGCAAGAAUCCCUCCACCUGGACUGUGGAAGAUGUAGUCUGGUUUGUGAAAGAUGCUGACCCUCAGGCCUUAGGACCUCACGUGGAGCUUUUCAGAAAACAUGAAAUUGAUGGCAAUGCAUUGUUACUGCUAAAGAGUGACAUGAUGAUGAAAUACCUGGGCUUGAAACUAGGGCCAGCACUGAAACUUUGCUACCACAUCGAUAAACUCAAGCAGUCCAAGUUCUGAGAUUCUCUAGAGCAUAGAAGCCAGAUGCUGACAUCAUGUAAAAGGGUAGACUUUAAGGUAAUUUGCUGCCUUACCAACGUACAACUCCAACCACAAAAUUAUUUUCUCCUUAAAAAAAGAAAAACAAAAAACAAAGACUUCGUUUUUUUUAACAUUUGUACACCUUUUUUUGUUAAAAAAAAAAUCAAGUAUAGCCUUUUAAAGAGGCUGCUUCAUGUUAACAAGUUGCAAAAAAAAGGUACAAAAAUCUUAAUAAUUAUUUUAACAUUCCUAAUAUGAUUGUUGUUCUUAAAGUAGGCCUUAUUUUUGUAACCCCAAAGUGAGAACACUGAAUGUGAUAGCCCUCUGAGAUAUCUUGGGGGUUACAAAGAAGAGAAACAACCCUGGCAGACUCUGGGAGGUGAGGGAUUAAUUCCUGGUUUAUUACAAAGUGUUGCCAUUUUUUCCAAACAGUGCCAACAGCACUGCCCAGUGUUAUAUACAACACCUAGGACAUUUCCGGUGUUGGUUGGCUUAGUUCAGCUCUCAGAGAUAUCUCCUGAGAAUGACUUCUUUGUCUUGCACUAUCUGGAAAACUUGAAUUCUUUUGCUU